AUGGUGAGAGACAAUCACGGUCAUUAUACCCAUACCGCCUUAUUUGACCACAAGACCCAGUUAAACCCUGGUCUGGUAUCGUACCACCAGUUGUCGGCUCUCUGUAAAAUCCUUACGGAAAUUAAUACAUCUUCCUACCAACAAAGCCUUUGUGGCAUGCUAGCACCGAUAAUGCGCUGUGUUGAGAUUGAGGAAAGGGGAUUUUUUUAA